AUGGGAGCUUCGGAAAAAGUCACUAGCGAAGCUGUCAACCUCCACAGCGUACCUACUCAGCAAUCCGAGAACGGAAAAGGAGCUUGUGUGCGGAACGCUGUUGGAGCGCUGGGCAUCCCCGGCUGGGAAGCGAAACAAAGCAAGAUCGUCCGGACGCUGGACAUGACCUUGCUCCCUCAAUUGUGGAUCCUCUACAUGUUUAACUACCUGAACCGGACCAACAUCGCCCAGGCGCGUCUUGAUGAUGACUUCGGGGCUACCCUUAACUUAGGAAACACGGACUACAGCACCGCGGUAGCCCUGCUCACUGUUGGAUACAUGCUCGCGCAGCUGCCUUCAAACAUGCUCAUCACCAGAGUGCGCCCAGCUGUCUACCUUCCAGUUUGCGCAAUUCUCUGGUCUGGCGUCUCAGCCGCCACUGCAGGCGUGUCGAGCCCCGGCGAGCUGUUCGCCGUUCAGUUCGUUCUCGGAAUCAUAGAGGCACCGCUAUUUCCUGGUGCUGUCUAUCUGAUGUCAUGUUGGUACACUCGCAGAGAGCUAGCCCUUCGUACCGCGCUCCUCUACUCUGGCCUUGUUCUCGCACAAGCUUUCUCGGGAUUGAUCGCCGCUGGGGUCUUCUCAGGCAUGUCAGGCGCAGCAGGUAUUGCCGGCUGGAAGUGGCUUUUCAUACUAGAAGCAGCACUUAGCGCCUUCUUUGCACUGACUGCCUUCUUCAUCUUGCCCAACUAUCCUCACUCGAAGACCGGAGGUGCGAUGUGGUCGAUGACCGAGGAGAUGCGAAGAAUCGCAGUGGCUCGCAUCGAGGAUGACCGGGUGGAAGAACCCACCGAUUUGACCGUAUGGCAUGGGCUACGCCUGGCGUGGACGGAUGUCAAGACAUACAUCUUUAUCUUCAUGAACAUCUUCAUGACAUCCUCCUACGGAUUCAACAACUUCUUCCCCACAAUGGUCCGUGGUUUCGGCCUCGGCAGCAGCACCAUGGCUCUCGUACUCACUGCUCCGCCUUACAUUGUCGGUACCAUCGUCUCGUUCUGCGUGGCGUGGUCUUCGGACAGUAAGAAGGAAAGAGGAUAUCACAUCAUGAUCAACAACUGCCUUUCCAUCACCGGCUUCGUCAUCUCGGUCGCAACUCUCAACACGCCCGCUCGAUACACCGCAGCAUUUCUCUACACCACCGGCAGCUUCUCAGCAAACGCACUAGUCUACACAUGGGCAGUUUCAACGCUCAGCCAGACACCCGAAAAGCGCGCUGCCGGCGGCGCCAUCGUCAAUAUCAUGGGCCAUCUGGGCAACGUCAUCUCUCCCUACUUCUUCCCGGACAGCGACUCGCCGAGAUACACCAUGGCAAUGAUUCUUCAAAUCGUGUUCGCAGGUCUGACUUUCUGUAUGGCGUUCACUUCUAAGACGUACUUGAGGAGGCAGAACAAGAAGUUGAGGGCCGUGGCGGAUGAUACUGGGGCUAUGUACAACCCUUUCACCACGUGA